AUGGACGAAGUCAUUACCAAGCGACUUCACGUCUCCGGAUUGACACCAGCCAUCACACCAGCGGACCUAUCACAACGUUUAUCUGGUUUUGGGACAGUGAAAGCACUUGACGGGUUCGGGCUACUCGAUGCACUUGGACAACCGCGUAAGUUCGGAUAUGUCACCCUUGAGACGACAACGAAGAACUUCGGUCGAUGCAUGAAUUUGCUUGGUGGGGUCACUUACAAAGGCGCAAAGCUGCGCAUAGGCGAAGCAAAGCCGGACUUUCGGGAGAGAAUUGCAAAAGAACAUGAAGCCGUCAAGCGCGCUGCCGCUGAGGCAGAAACAGAACAUCCGAACAAACGACGCCGUCUGCGCCGCGGCGUACAAGGCGUGUACGCGGAAGAUAUGUCUCUUGUGACCUCAGAGAACGCAUCCUCCCGUCCCGGCUGGAAGGUCACUGCUACGGGACGAAUCGUGCAUCCCAUCACGAUGCGCCCCACCCACCCGUUGCCGGAGCCCUUGCCCAUUGCAAGGCGCGCUAAGUCUAAGGACAAGGACAAGAAGGAGAGCGGUAGGGAGAAGAGUGCAAAGGCCCCGCCCACGCGGGCUUGGAGGCGGACGAUCGACCCGACGAAGUGGGGUUCUCAACAUUUGAAGGGGGCAUUCUUGGAUAGCGGCAUACCUGUCCCUAUGGUACCUAUCAAGGCAGUUCGACCGUUAUCGGCCGAAGGCGAGGGCGAGGGAGAGGACGAUGGAACCGAGUCUAGUGAGGAUGAGGACUCUGAGAGCGGGGAGGAGGGUGGAGCUGGCAUUGGCGAGGAAGUCCUGGACGAUCAAGAGGAAGACACCCGGCGCAGGAACACAGGCAUGAUGACCAGCGCAGAGCAUCGUCCCCGUUCUCCUUAUCAGCAGACGGAAGCAUCAGGGGACGAUGCGCACCUCGUAUCACCUCCACCUCCGGCCAUCUCAUCUCAGGACAAGUCUCAGCCAAUCACUCGCACUGAGUUGCUUGAGGAGAAAGAAAAGUAUCUCGGCUUGCUGCGAUCACUCUUCGGUGACAAAGAUGAUGACUGGGGCGGCGAGGAAAGCAUCGGUUCAGAUGUCGAGAUGGAUAACAUUCAGCCCCAGCCCGAGGAAACUCCGGCAGCACACUUAUCCACCGACGAUGAGGGGAAUGAUGAAGAGGUCCAAGCAACGACGGAUGCUGCUAUGGAUCUGGACUUGCCCGUCUUCGCUGAGAAUUAUGCCGCAGACACGCAGCAGGAGAAACCUGCCGUUCCCGUGCGGAAGACAAACCUGAAGGACCUCUUUGCUCCUCGAGAGGAGGAAGCUGGCUUCUCCCUGCUGGGACAUCUCGACGUCGAUUUCGAGAUUGACGAAGAUGUCGACCUCAAUUUACACCCGAAGACACAGCCUGCUAUGGAAGCACAGCAUGAGGUGGCUCCUGCGGUUCCUUCCGCCCUUGCCUUCGACCCCAACCGGCCGAUGUUCUUCCCUCUGCCGCCUGAGGAACGAGCGCAUGGACUCGUGCGAGAUGCUAUCGAUCCGACGAAUUGGCGGAGUUGGUUCUAUCGCACGGCUUCUGAUGAGGAGAUACAGAAGCGGUGGGAGGAGACGAGAAGAGAAUUGACGAGCGGGUGGAAGCGGCGCCACCGAGAAGCUGUGAAGAGUCGAAGACGGAGAGGUGGUGGCCCGGGAGAGAACGAGCCAUAA